UGCCGAAAUAAAAUCCCAGAUGAAGAUUCCCAAAAGGCGGAAAAGGAGCGGACGGUGCGCCAGGCUAACACAGGAACAGGAAGGGUUUUGUCCCGCUCAGGAUUUGUUGUAAGCCGUCAGGUUUUCCGGGAGCUCAGAACUAUGAUAAAUGGCUCUUUUAAGCUGGGAGCUGCUCGUGUUCUGUCUAGCUGGCAGAUGCAGUGCCUAGUCCCCGGCCUCCAGGACAACGCCAACAUGAACGGGACGUCCGAGCAGGCCGACAUCCUACCGUCAAACUGCAUGGUCAAGGACCGAUGGAAAGUGCUGAAGAAGAUUGGCGGUGGUGGGUUCGGGGAGAUCUACGAGGCCUUGGACCUGCUGACGCGGGAGAACGUGGCGCUGAAGGUGGAGUCGGCCCAACAGCCCAAACAGGUGCUGAAGAUGGAGGUGGCGGUGCUGAAGAAGCUGCAGGGUAAAAACCAUGUCUGUAAGUUUAUUGGCUGUGGGAGGAAUGACAAAUUCAACUACGUGGUCAUGCAGCUUCAGGGUCGUAACCUGGCCGACCUGCGGAGGAGUCAGCCCAGAGGGACCUUCACCAUGAGCACCACCCUGCGACUUGGGAAGCAGAUCCUGGAGUCCAUCGAAGCCAUCCACUCAGUGGGCUUCCUGCACCGCGACAUUAAACCGUCCAACUUUGCGAUGGGCCGGCUGCCCUCCACCUACAGGAAGUGCUACAUGCUGGACUUUGGUCUGGCGCGGCAGUACACCAACACCACCGGGGAGGUCCGGCCGUCUUGUUUUUGUUUUUCUUACAGUUCCUUUGGAGUUAUGAUUUUGACGUGCAUGCCUCCCGUUUCUCCAUCAUCUCCAUGGUUACCCUGGGAUCCGAGGACCGUGGCAGGCUUCAGAGGGACGGUCCGCUACGCUUCUGUCAACGCUCAUAAGAACAAGGAGAUGGGUCGCCAUGACGACCUCUGGUCAUUGUUUUACAUGCUGGUGGAGUUCGCUGUGGGACAGCUGCCGUGGCGGAAGAUCAAAGAUAAGGAACAAGUUGGUCAGAUUAAAGAGCGAUACGACCAUCGGAUGCUGCUCAAACACAUGCCUUCAGAUUUUAAUAUCUUCCUGGACCAUGUCCUGGCCCUGGACUACUACACCAAACCAGAUUACCAGCUGCUGAUGUCGGUGUUUGAGAACAGCAUGAAGGAGCGCAUUAUCACUGAGAACGAGCCCUUCGAUUGGGAGAAAGGAGGAAGUGAUGUCACGCUGUCGACCAGUGCCUCCACCCAACCACAGCACAACACCCGACCCACGGCCGCCAUGGUGGGGGCCAUUGUGACGCCGGUUCCUGGAGACCUUCAGAGGGAGAACACCGACGACGUUCUGCAGGAUGAACAUCUCAGCGAUCAGGAGAACGCCCCCCCAGCCCCGCCGAGCCGACCCCCCGGGGAGACCGGCGUCCAGCACACUGGAGAGACGGGAGAGGCCUGGGAGGACACCGACUUCAACCGCAACAGACUCAGGAUCAGCCUGAACAAGGGGGCUCAGGAAGAAGAGGCUGGCCGGGGGGCGUGUCCGGUCUCGCCAGUUCGAGGUGGAGCCCCGGAGUCUCCGACAGGUCAGGGUCGGUCUUUACGGUACCGCCGGGUCAACAGCCCUGAGUCUGACCGCCUGUCUGUUGCUGAGGGCCGAGCUGAUGCCUACGGACAGAGGUCCAGGAUGGAUAUCCUCGGCUCUCCAUCGCGCCACGUCUACUCCUCCCAGCCGGCGCAAAUGCUGUCUGUUGACCCUGGUUGCCGUGGAGAUCGUCAGGUCAGCGGCCGCCAGGAAGUGUCGCUGGCGUCUGUCGACCAGGAAGCGCAUAGCAACGCCUUCAUCCGCUCCGUCCCGCUGGCCGAGGAGGAGGACUUUGACAGCAAAGAGUGGGUGAUCAUCGACAAAGAGGCGGAGCUGCGAGACUUCCUUCCAACCACGUCAGGAACCACCGACGAGGAGCCCGAGGAGCUCCGUCCUCUGGAGGAGCAGGAGGAGAGGAGGAGGCUGCGGGCUGGAGGUGGGGAGCUGGUGGUUCGUCCAAAGACUCACACCCGAGACACAAGCCGGGGGAUGCUAACGCUAACAGAGGAGGAGGCGUCCAGGAGGAGCGGUGGGAGUCCCGCCCAGUCACCGUGUCACUCGCUGCCGUCCGGACGCCCUCGCCGGAGAGAGUCGGAGCCCACUGGACCUCAAAGACCGUUGGAGGAUGACAGGCAUCAAUCACGACCCAAUCAGCUGAGGAGGCUGGCCUCCUACGUCUUCUCCUCCUCCACCCUGGAGACGGAGCAGUAUCCUCACCAAGGAAGCAGCUUCAUCCAGAGAAGCCGCUCAGCCGAAAGCAGCCCCGCCCACGCCAUCGCCGCCUCUGCCUCCGCCCGGCGACGGCACGCCGGUACCCUGCCGACACCCGGCAGCCCGCGGAGCAGACACUCAGUCCUGAAUGCGUCGAAAACGCAGCUGCAGCAGAUGAUAGCCAAGCUAAUAAACAAGAACAGCAGCUGA